UCAAAUAGUUUAAUUGUAUAGUUGCUCAGGUACUCAACAUCACACAAUUCACAUUAUAUUCAUGGUUCUUUAUUAUAAUAGUGAAUGCACUAUGUAGCACAGCAGCAAGAAUCUAAAGAUAUUACUUAGGCAGUUUACUUCAUGGUUUAUUUUUUCAAUUAAAUUAUUUGCUUGAGAUUGCUGUGCUCCUCUAUUAAAAAAUGCCACUCAGUUUACUGUAGGUGGUUUACAAUGUUACAUUUUUAAAGUGGCAAACUUCCUGUAAACUAAGUUACAGGUACUGUACAAAUAUUGUCAAUACAAGAUUUCAGAGUGGCCUUUAUAACUUCCUUCCAAUCACAGUGUCUCCUAUAGCCUUAGACAUGGGAUUAUGUGGCUUUCCAUAUUCCUAGCAACUGGAAAGACAUGAGGGGCAAUCUCUAAACAAGACAGCCUCAAGAAAGUAUCCAAUAAUGUUUUACAUCAUUGAAAAACACUGCAAUCAAUACAAUAUUAUGAAGUUUGAGUUCAUUUUACUAAAGAAAAUUGGAUUAAGACAUACUGGCCCUGAAUAUCAACGCUUUUCCGACCGUCGGGGAGGGCUUUUGUGGCGGGGUUUUAACUUUCCGACUGAAAUGAAAGUUCCAACACUUUAAAGGUAAAAGCCCUGUGUCUCUUGGCAACAAAGCUUUGCAGUUUCCAUUAGUCAGCAUUGGAGAUACAAAACAAACAAACAUAUUUUGCUUGUUAGUGUUCUAAUUGACUAACCGCAUAUCAUUUCUCAAGUCCGGACAAGCCCAAGUGCUAGCCUAACUUCUACAUAAUUAAUUUACAGUACAUUAUCGUCUGUUUAAUCUGACUAACAAAUUAAGUAUUGUAAGAACUUCCAAGUCAAACCAUUUUGCACAUGCUGUAGGUAUACAAGUAGUAUCAGUAGAUCUUUCUGUAAGUUUAGGCAUAUACAAUACAGUCCUUGUCCUAGUUUUAGAAUUUGUUGGCAAAGUGAAUUUGAUUUUCAACUUCUGUGCUGAUUUGGAAUGUAGAAUCCUCCAAAUUCUAUAUAUUUUUUUUAUUGAUUUCCCCUGGAUGUAAUCGAAUUUGAGUUUAAAUAUAUUUUUUAUUUAUAAUAUUUUUACCCCAAAAUUCUGUAAGACCAUUUGAGAAAAAGAAAAUACCGUUUGUGCUACACAUCAUGCAAUAUUUAUAAGACAAAACAAAUCUAUUUCUUUUAAUUAUUUUCAGGGCCAAUGUUUUGCAGAUUGAACAAAUCUUUUGCUAAGUAUAGAUGUGGCAUUUGCUCUUUGAUUCUGUUUCCUCACUGAAGAUGUUUAGUGCACUAAACAUCAAACGGCAGCAGAUGUGAACUAGCUCCAGCCAUCUUAACAAGAUCAGAGGUUGUAUUCAGGCCAGUCCAAUAAUCAAUUGCAUUAAUUAUAAGAUGGAUGUUUACAUCAAUGCACUAUAAUACUGUACAUGUGAAUGGAAAAACUAGGUUUAGAGAAAUAUUACUUUAUUUACUGUUAAUUUGCAGUGGAAAAUACACCUGAUCCAGUCCUGUUUCAUUUCCAAUACGAUAUAUCUAGUAGCAGUACAGUGCUCACUUUCUCAUUAUUUAUACAACAAUUAUCACACCCCUUGUUUACAAUUUUUUUUACAUUUAGAUCUGGUCAAAUUAAAUCUGCAUUUUUUCAUCAUGAUACUUUAAAGUUAUUUUGUUAUUUAUUGAUACGUACAGGUACAAUGCAUACAAUGAUUUUACAUUUUAAACCAUUGUCUACCUUUUUUUAAAAUACAAUAUACUGUAAAUGAUAAUUUGGCACAUUAUAGAUGUUUACAGUUUAAAGGUUCCUUUAAAAUGUACUUGUUUCCUUAUUUUAUUAGCGGUAUACCUUGUAGAUUUUGUAGUUAUUUUUGGAGUAAUUGGAUUAGGCUGUUAAUCGAGGAGGAGUCAAAAGUAGCCAUCUGAUUUGUUUUCCCAGCACUGUCACGUACACCAUGCAGCUCUACACACUUUUGGCAGCCUUACUUUUUUAUAGGCAAACAAGAAUUCACACUACAUCUCACAGCGUUACAUUAAGCUUGUGUUUUGAACAAAAUGCCAACUGCUAAUGUGAUAAAUUGAAUUCUAGGAUCUUGUUAUCAUCUCUGUUAGUUAUUACCCAAAAGGAUCAGGGAGGAUAAAUGUGAAUUAAGUAGGACAAGGAGGCAGGCGCAGUGGCUGUAAAUAUCUUUGACGCUAUUCUUUUACUGUGACUUUGUUGGAUUGCAAUGGGUCUAUAAUAUUCUCUCGGGGUGUUUUUGAAGUCAAGAGGACAUCAGGCUUUUGUUGUUCUGUAUUUGUCUACUGUUCUUUUCAUUAGCUGCAGUAACUGUACCUUCAAAGAAGAUGCAGAUGACUAUAAGUCAUUCCUUUGUUUGGGUAACAGGUACUGCCAUGGCAGCAGGUGUUUCUUUACAGAAUGAAAUAACUUACUCACCAGUAGUAGUAAAUAGUUGGGGAUAUAAUCCAGAAAUGGAAUCAGCUAUUACAAGAAGACCAACUGCAAAAUAUACAAAAGUUGGAGAGAGACUGCGACAUGUCAUCCCAGGUCACAUGCAGUGUUCAAUGGCGUGUGGAGGCCGUGCCUGCAAGUAUGAAAAUCCAUCGAGAUGGAGUGACGAGGAACAAGCGAUCAAAGGACUCUAUUCUUCAUGGAUUACAGAUAAUUUACUGGCAAUGGCACGGCCUUCAACUGAAAUUAUUGAAAAGUACAACAUAAUUAAACAGUUUCAAAGGUAUGAUGUAAAGACCAUAAUUAAUCUGCAGCGCCCUGGAGAGCAUGCAAGCUGUGGGAACUCACUGGAACAAGAGAGUGGCUUCACCUACCGUCCAGAGAUAUUUAUGGAUGCUGGAAUUUACUUUUAUAAUUUUGGAUGGAAGGACUAUGGUGUGGCUUCACUUACUACUAUCCUUGAUAUGGUAAAAGUCAUGUCAUUUGCAAUGCAAGAGGGGAAAAUGGCAAUUCAUUGUCAUGCAGGACUUGGAAGAACAGGGGUUUUGUUAGCCUGUUAUUUAGUCUUUGCAGUAAGAAUGACUGCAGACCAAGCCAUUCUGUUUGUAAGGGCUAAAAGACCCAAUUCAAUUCAGACCCGAGGUCAGCUGUUGUGUGUACGGGAGUUUGCCCAGUUUUUGAUUCCACUAAGAAAUGUUUUUGCCUGUGCUGAACCCAAAGCAAAUGCUGUAACUCUGUCUCAGUAUUUGAUCCGCCAGCGUCACCUUUUGCAUGGCUAUGAGGCCCGACAGCUGAAAAACGUGCCAAAAAUUGUUCAACUCAUUUGCAAGUUACUGCUGGACAUUGCUGAGAACAGACAAGUUAUAGAAGAAGAUGUUUUAGAGAUUCCAGACCUUUCAGCAGAGAUAGAGAAAACAGUCUCGCAGCUGGCUAUCCUGCAGCUGGACAAAGAAUUACAUGGAAAGGGUGUUGAGGUAUCCAAAAUGCCCAAAGCAGAAUUUGUACCCAGUGACUCUGUACUUCCCAGUGAAAAUGAAUUUGGUCCUCUUUGGAAAAGGCGUAAUGCUGAAUAUCUCCAGCCAUUAUCUUAUCUGAAAAAGCGCCUUAGUUACAGUGACUCUGACCUGAGGAGGGCAGAAUUCCUUCUGGAGCACAGGGGUCCGCCUCUGACCAUGCCUGCAGGGAUGCUGUGCCCCAACUCCCUCAGUAAACAAUGUUUGUCUCAGAACAACUUGCAAUCUUGUAUAGUAACAGAGCCGUCAAAACCAAACUUUUCCACUCUCUUUGAAACGUUGCAAUCAGGCAACAGCAAACAAGAUCCUUUUUGUUUAACAACAUCAAGUGUUUGGGACCAGAAAAAAGUAAUUAGCACAGUGGAACAAAAUGGAUCUCCACUUUUCCAAAGGAGAAAACAUCCAAAAGAAGUGCAGCGCAGCAGAACGUUCUCUCUCGGGUCCUCAUCAGUAAAAACUAGCAACCAGCCGGAGGGACCUCGAAAAAAUACCAAGAGUGAGGCACAGUUUGACAGUGGAGGUGCCAAACAGAAAGAAUCUUCUGUUAAUGGCAAAAGUGCUUGUGUGUUACAGGGUAACAACAGCUCCCAAUCCCCAUUAACAGAAGCUCCCACAUCUUCAAAAACUGUCUUUCAUAUUGGAGAAGAAGAUACUGAUAGUUCAGAGGAGAUCCCAUUUAUUACUUUACAGUCUGAGCUAACUCUUGAAUCCAGAAGGGUGUUGGUAGCACAAGCACUUGCAGUUGACUUGGACUGUGAUGGGGAUGCAGAACUCAUAGAAAAAGUUGAAAGUUGGCAGAGGGAACUUAAUUCGAGAGAAGGAGCCUGGGACAGAAUAUGCACAGAAAGAGAUCCCUUUGUACUGUCUGGCCUUUUAUGGUCCUGGCUGGAGCAACUGAAGGAGCCAGUCAUAACCAAAGAAGAUAUUAAAAUUUUAGCACAAAAAUGUGAUAAUCCGGAUGAGGCCAUUUACACACUGGAAAAGGGACCACAGCAAACCAUUGUUUCUGUUGUAGACUGUGUAGCACAUUUACAUUCGAUACCAGAGGAUGUGGAGGAGGCUUUUCUUGCACGUAUUACAAAAGCUUUUACCAAGAUUACAUUUGCUGCGGCUGACGGACCAAUGGUAUACAGCACCCUAAAAGCUAUUUUAAGGCCAGUCCUGCAUGAGAAGAGAAGAAGAGCCAUAGAAGAGUCAGAAAACUCCUGCUAUUGUUUAUAUUGUCCCUAAGACUCCUGGGCUUGUCUGUAUUUAAUAUGUUGGUGGUCACAGGUUUGGAAAUGGAACGAAUACAGAUAACAAGGUGAAUUAUAAUCCCAGCAGAUGGAAUCAGUGCUUUGCUGCUAUUUGGUGAUUUGCUUGUAUUUUAUUUUGUUGUAAAAAAUAAGACGAGAUGUGUCUUCACAUCGUUGAUUUUUUUCAAAACAUUUUUUUUAUAUAAACUGCCAUAUUGACAAGUGCCAUGUUGCAAUGCUUAAAGGUGUUUGUUUAUUUUUGAAUAUACUGUAUGUUAGUGUUUACAGUAAUUUUGGUACAUUCUGUUCAUUGUUGAAAUGUAAUGUUUUUAUUAUUUAGAUGUAUUUAAUAAUCUAUUUUUUUUGGUGUGUUGUCUGUGUGUUAAAUAUUUGGCAAAUGGGAUUAAUGGAAUUGCAACAGCGACUCAAUAUAAAAAAGUUGAUUUGAUAAAAAAAAAAAAAGACAUAGCAAAGAAUAUGCCAGUGUACCAACAAUUUCAUUAACCUUUUCACACUGGAUAUGCAACUAAGAAAGCUAAUUAUUUUUACCAACCAUUUAAUUUUUUUUUAGCAUAUUGGUACACAUUUUAAACAGGUCAUCAUUCGUAGAAACAUUUCAAUUGACCGGCAUAGUCUUGAAAAUAAGCUAUUCAAAUCUAUUUUAGCAACAUUCAACAUUAGUAAAUGAUGCAAUGUACUGUACUUCUCAGCUGUAUAGAUUGUAAAUAAAUGUAAGUUAUCCCACAUUAUACUUAAGUAUUCAGGAAAUGGCAGGGUUCUAAGUACAUGAUAUAUAUGGCUUUGGGUCUAUUAUAUAUAUAGAUAUAGAUAUGUAGAUAUAGAUAGAUAGGUUGAUUUUGAUUACAUUUCCCUUACUAUUUUAUGGAGUUUGGAAUAAUUUGGAUUCUGGAUGUUUUUGGGUUCUGUUGAAUAGAAUGAGGAAGUCUGUUCAGUCUUGGCACCUAGGAUUCAUCAGACAAGCUGAAAUCAAGUUCAAAGCCAGAUAAAAGCAGAUUUAUAGUAGAGAAAAAAACAUAAUAACACAGAACCAAGGACCACUCAAAAUGAUUGCAAAAACCAUCGUAUAUAUAUUCUGGUUAUUAAAAUAUUUGUCGUAGAUAUGGAUGAAAAAUUCUAGACCUUUGAUUGUCAAGUAUUCCAACCUUUUAACCUCAAUUUCUCUGUAAUGAGAAACACAAAUCGAUUCAGCGAUUUUGAUGCAGUUACACUUCUUACUAGCAACUAAUAGGUUUGUACAGUAUUGCCAAGCCUGAAUAUAUAGUACUAGACUACUGAAAACAAGAUCAAACAUGUCAGCAGUUGCUGGUACUGUAUUUCUUUGAUUAAGGUUAGUACAGCACUUAAUGUAAGUCUAGUCUAGAGUUUCAUAUAUAUAUGUUGCUUUUUAAAUGUGUGAGCUAUGGGAUGACCAUUGAUUCUUCUGACUUUUACAGUAGUGUUAUAUAUCCUUUGGGGGAAAUAUACACUGUUAAAAAGUCUGCUUAAUUGUAUUGUAAAACUAUAAUUUAAGGUCAGUAUUUACUCUGUAAAAAUAAAACUGUGCCUGGAGAUUGCAGUUGAGGAACACAUCCUCAGCUGCUUCUGGUGAUAUGUUUGUUUGUUCAUAUAUUAAAUAUUAAUAUUUAAAUAUUGGAAAAAACUGGCUUGUGAAAGUAUGUUCUUUUAGCUAUUUGAAACACACACAAAUAUAAUAACAAAAACAAAAUUGUUUAUGCUGUAGUUUAUCUCAAUCCCAUAUUCACUCUAUUUAUUGAGAUAAUUUUAUUUUCCAAAUUCCAAAAUGAAUUAGACCAAAAUUAUUAUUAUUAUUAUUAUUAUUAUUAUUAUUUAUUUCUUAGCAGACGCCCUUAUCCAGGGCGACUUACAAUCGUAAGCAAAUACAUUUCAAGUGUUACAAUACAAGUAAUACAAUAAGAGCAAGAAAUACAAUAACUUUUGUUCAAGCAAAGUACAAGUGUGACAAACCACAAUUCAAUAAUACAGCAGAUAAUAGUGAUAGUUACAUCAGGAUAUGAUUAAAUAGUGAUAGUUACAUCAGGAUGUGAUUAAAUACAAAGUACUACAGGUUAAACACUUGGCAGAUUACAGUAUUCUGAAGUACAGGAUUAAAUGCAGUAAAAUAGGGGGCAGAUAAGAGCAAAAUAAAGCAAUAAAAUAUCUGACUUCCGCCCAUAGUGAGUAUCACAAUUAUAUGACAAUGUAUGAUGAAACAUAUUGUAAAAACAAUCCAAAUUGUUUUUACACAAUGUAUUUGUAAUGCAGUAGUUGCUAGGAUAAAUAACAAACACAUUAUUGUUAUGUGAGUUACACAGUCAACAAGUAGGUUCUAGAAUUCUGAAACAGGCUUCUAGAAUGUACCAGAUUAUUUAUUCAAGUCAGUUGUGAAAUUGUGGUGAAAGGCUUUGGAGAUGGAGGGUCUCUGUAAAGAGCUCUCUUGUCCUGUGUGUUUGGAGCUGUUCACCCCGCCAGUGCUGGAACUACCCUGCUCCCACAACUAUUGCAGGCAGUGCAUUCAUGAGACUCUUAUCUCCCAAAACUGCACUCAUGUCAAUGGGAAAUUCUGCUGCCCCAUGUGCAGGAAGGUAAGAGAUGCUGGUUUGAUAUUGAUAUAUACAUUUCUGUGAAAAAAGGCGAAGAAGACCGUAAAUGCAAACAUAUCAAUAAAUAAAGCAAGGCAAAGAUGAUGUCAGUAGUUUUAAUGUAUUUAUCUACAACUAUUGCAUUUUAGCCACAACACAAGUUCCUAUAGAUUGAACAGAAAUAUAAAAGCUCUACAUCUUAAAAGCCACAGGACAUUUUGUUGUGUUUAUUUUAGGUUAUCUGUUUGCGGGGAAGAGGAAUAACUGGAUUAAAAAGAAAUAUCUUUGUUGAAAAUGUACUAGAAAAAGUUAAAGAAGAGAUGGCAAAGAUCCAAGUGAGAGAACACAAUGUGAAAUCCCAAACAUGCAGGAUACAUGAAGAAGUGAUGAGCCUGGAACUGGAAAAGUUGCAGGAUCAACUUCUUUCAACUGCCGAAGAAACAAAAGCUAUGAUCAACGCAGUCGGGGACAGCUUGUUGAUGGAAAUACGAUUCAAAGUAUCAUCAUUAAAGAUGAAGGUGG